AUGUCGUCGAUGGCGUCGCGCGCCGUGCGCCAACGGGCCAUAGCCGAGAUGUUCAAAGACGUCGAGCGCCGCUGGGGCAAUCUGGACCGGCUGCUGCGGCCAGACUUACGAGUAGAGCGCAGCGCCGCGCUGUCGACGCAAUCAUUGAGACGCCUCUUCGCGCUGGAGACGCUGGCAUUAGUAAUUCCAAACUUUGUACAAAGACCGGAGCCGCUUGCCGACGCGAUCCAACAAGCGGGCGAGACGGCCCGGAACUGGUCGGUCACCUCGGCGCGCGGCAUGGAGUCCUCGGACGUAAAAGCUGUGGGCGGCACGCCCUACAAUAUGUGCGUCGCGUCCGGCGACACGGAGCGGUAUUUUGUGGAGGACGUCCCAAACGCGAAGAAAUGGGUGAGGAGUCUGCCGGGCGGCGACGCGUUGGAUCGGCUGCGCUGCGAUUUAGACGAUGCCUGGCCGGGCGGCUGCUCGGCGAAGAAGGAUGACGCGGGCCGCGCGCACCACGUCGGGUUAGGAAGGGUCAUGGCCGGGCCCACCCAAUGGUCGCAGGGCUUCGUGCACGUCGACGAGUUGGCGCCGAUGUCUCCUUCGAAAGGCCACUUCUCGGCGAAUUUAUACCUGAAAUUGCCAUCGGAGGGCGGGCAUCUGGAGCUGUGGCCGCUGCAGUUUGAAAAUAGGUGGGAGUUUUAUACGAACGCGCACACUCUUUCCAAACUCGUCUCCAUCGAUGAAGACGCGCAGCGGGAGCUGCGGGCGCGCCUGCCGCCGCCAAUCGUGCUGGAGGUGGCGCCGGGCGAUUUGGUGAUGUUGUCGGUGCAGCGGCCGCACGCGGUCCAGGGCUGGACGUCUGGCGAUAGCCGCGCGUCGCUCCAGUCAUUCGUGAAUUUUGCUGGUGAUGAUGCCGCGUUGACGUUGGAGGCUUAA